AUGCCUCCAAAACCGAAAGAAACUGUUAAGAAGCCUACUCCGCAAGUUACAAGGCCCAAUGUCAGCGAUGCUUCUCUAAACUUUGUUCCUGACGAUGCUAUCGAAGGAUACCAAGAUAGAAUAGAGAAAGGAAUUAAUUGGACUCUAAGUGAUAAUGCUGGAAGGUAUCAUAGACAAAAGUGCCUUGAAGGAAAUAUCCCGCAAUUAUCAUUUUCAAGCGCAUUGCAGAAUAAAAUAAAUAAAAGCAUACUAAGUGGUUUCUUCGACGAAACAAAUACUUUGAGCCUAGAAGAGCAAUGGGAGAUUAUGCUACCCAUAACAUUAUGGGAUAACGAAAAAUUUGCAAAUGACGAAGGAAAGAUAUGCUUCAACAAUUGCAAUUGUAUCACCGACAAUAUUAUUAAGCUUAUUAAAAAGGCAGUGAAAAUUAACGAUCGAAAAUGUUUGAAAGAAGACUUGAGACAGGUCACCGUGUUGAGAGUCAAUGAUAUUGAGAUGACGGAGCUGGAUGCAGAAUUAUUUGAGUUUAAAAAUGUCGUUACACUUAAUUUGGCUUGUAAUUACAUAGAAACAGUUGAUGCAAACUUUCUACCUCGUGGAUUAAAACUGCUUGAACUACAAGCAAAUCGAAUAAAGAGCGUUGAUCAUUUUGCUGAACAUUUACCACCGGAACUCACCUACAUAGGACUCAGCAGAAAUCUGUUGAAUGACGAGGGCAUCCAGGGUACAGCGCGUUUACCUCAUCAUAUCACCGUUCUGGAUUUGACGGACAACGACAUCUAUGAUCUUAAUUCAGUACUAGAUCCACUAGCGCAACUGCCAUGCCUGACUUCAUUACAGUUGGCGGGAAAUCCGUGCUCGGUGUGUGCAGCCUACGCACGCACCACUCUAACCCGUUUCCCACGUUUGCAAUGGCUGGACUGCCGCGAAGUUCUCCCCACCGACCGGUCCGCAGAACCUUUCGAGCCGCAUCCAGAUGACUUGCGUUCGGCUUACUUUGAUUUCACCGUGUUUCGUGUUAUAUCUGUGCCUCAACCGCCUAAACCGGAAAAGGGCGCCACGACAGCUUUUCAUGUGGAAUUGGAACUGCCCUUGUUAGAUUCUACUCGAAGGCAAUUUCUAAUGUUCCGCCAAAACGAGUCGCUAAUUGAAAUGAUGCCUCCUCCAGAAGAUGAUGAUUGGAACUUCUCCAAACAAGCGUCCGCUGUAGAGAGCAAAAUGAUUCUUGAACCCGAAGCGUCAUCUCACGCUUCUGAUAUUUAUAACCGUUUAACUACCAAGAAUUCUCGCAUAAUUUGCCAUUACACCACAUUUGAGAGUAAUAAAGUGCAGUGGAAUAAAAUUAUGAAUUUUCAAGAGCCGACUGUUAGGAUAUUUUGUCCGAAUCUAACAGCUCUGCGGGACACAUUUAGAACUGUCGUCACGAUACGACUAAUAUACUCGAUGACAUUCGCUGGCAAACAAGGUAAACCAGACAAGAAAAGUGCAAUGUCGUUAAAACCUCCAGGGGAACAAAGGGUCACAUUGGCCACAAUUAAAUGCGCUUUGAAGAGGCCCGACUGGAGCCAGCCACAGCACUUCCACUGGGAUGACUCGCUGGGUACAGAGGACGCUAUGCACUGGGGUGAUGGAGACCUUUCUGUUUUACAAUAUAGUUUGGGCGCAGUUAAAACAGCUAAAGGCAAGCCUGAAAACGACCCAUCUUCUUCAAGACAGCUUCCACCAGAUAACUUGACUUGCCACUUUGGUUUCAGCAUUGAUACUGUACGAUCUUGAGUCAUUGUGCAAUAUUUUUAUAUCAAAAUGUUGUGAUUUUGUGAUGACUAAGAAUAAAAGAAAAAGGCAAUGAAA